UUAUAACUAUUAUUAUAAAAAAUAUAUAAACAUGUAUUACAUUCCUCAUUUUAUUAUCUCCAAUUAAAAAGUCAUGAUUAUAUAUUAUAAGAAUUUUUUUUUCCCUGAAAAUGCGAAUAAAUCAUGUAUGAUUUCAAAGUAAAUUUUCUUUACAAAAUUCUUCUUACAUCUCAUGAACUUCCGCCACUUUCCUCUUUAGAAAUACCAAUUCCAUUAACGCCAUUAGAUAAAAAAGAUGGUUUUAUACAUCUUUCAAAUUCCACGCAAGUUAUACAAACAGCAGUUAGAUUUUUUGGUAACGAAGAUGAAAUUUUAGUAUUGAAAAUAUCUUAUAAUCAAAAUGGCAUAAAAGAAAAUGUUAAAUGGGAAGCACCACCAGAAUUAGAAGAACGUUUCCCCCACUUAUAUGGUGAUUUAUUGAUUAAACAUAUUAUAGAUAUUGUCCAAGUAAAAAGUUUGAGAAAAGGCGGAGAUGAAGGGUUUGAGUGGCCUAAAGGAUGGUUGGAAACAUAAUCGUUACAUGAUUAUUUCUCCAGAUUUUAAUUAACAAUAUUGUAUAAAUCCUAAGAUAAUUACAUCCUUGUUAUCAAGUCAGAUAGUUAUUAUAAUUUCAAUUAUUGUGCUAAAAUGUCCACCAGUCGUUUAAAUUAAUUAGAAUUAGGAAUUUUUUUUUUUUUUUUUUAU